AUGUCGAACCAUCAGUAUUCCACCGCCACCUCUCCGUCGAGCAAGCCGCUCCAGCUAUACACUGCCGGCACUCCAAACGGGCGCAAGACCCACAUCUUCCUGGAAGAGCUCAAGGCCCAGUACGGUCUCACUUACGACGUACACCCCAUCAGCCUCGGCAAGAACGAGCAGAAGGAGCCGUGGUACCUCAAGCUGAACCCGAACGGCCGCAUCCCGACCCUCGUCGACCCGAACCGCGGCGGCUUCGCCGUCUUCGAGAGCGCCGCGAUCCUGCUCUACCUCGAGCAGCAUUACGACACGACGACCAAGUUCGCGUUCGACCCCGCCACGCGCGCGGACGACUGGAGCGAGAUGCUCCAGUGGAUCUUCUUCGCCCACGGCGGUCUUGGUCCGAUGCAAGGCCAGGCCGGGCACUUCCUCAACGCCGCACCUGAAGACAUCCCGUACGCAAAGAAACGCUACGUCGACGAGACGCGCCGCCUGUUCGGUGUGCUCCAGCUCCGCCUGGCUGGCCGCGACUGGCUCGCGGGGCCCGCGCGGGGCACCUAUAGUCUUGCCGACAUGAACGCGUUCCCGUGGGUGAACGGCCACGCAUUCACCGGAGUUGAGACCCUGGACGAGUUCCCAGACGUCAAGGCUUGGACCGAGCGGAUGAAGGAACGUCCCGCCGUCAAGUCGGGUCUCCAGAUCCCGUGA